CCUUCUCUUUUCACCGCAGUCACCAGCGAAAGUCAUACAGUGGCCCAUCGCCGCUGCCAGCAUUAAAUACUAACAAAGCUGCAGGGAACAGCCAAUCUGGAGCCUAUAUCUUAUCCAUGUUAUUUGUCGUCAAAAGAUGCAAAGAAAUCGAGUUUCCAAUUAUCAAAAACAAUCCUCCCCAGCGAUGUCUCCUUCCCUCAUCCAUUCCGCAGGCGCCGCCGUAAGUUGUCUUCCUCCAGACGACGAGGACGACAACGAUAUAUGUCCGGUGUGCGAUGGAGAUUGCACCUGCGACAACAAACCGCGCCCCCCGCCUGCGCCGAUCGCAGGCAAUGGACUUGCGCGUCCUGUUGCAACCUCAUCCGUUUCGAGCACCUCAACCGCUCACGUUCCCGUAAUGCCGUCACUAAAAAUCAAAUUCACCGUUCCUGCGAGUAUGCAGAACAGAGCACGCAUACUAGCAUCGCAAAGCAAGAAAUCUCGCGCAGAUGGCGCGUCAUCCAGCAACAUCACGGGAUCGGGAGCCGCGUCUACCUCCGGACAGGCUCAAUAUCCCGCUUCGUCAAGCACCGCUGGCCAUGGUCACUAUAUAUCCCAAGAUUCAACGAACCAGAAACACAAAGGCCGUCCAUCGAUUGGUAUCGUCGAUGUACGAGGCCCAUCCAGGACUGCGGCAGCAGACCGGCAAAUUCGCGGCAACGAGGCUAACACGUUGCCACAAUCACAUCUCCCAUCUCCUCGUGCACACAAACAAGGUGCAUUAAAAGGCCCACGCUCCGAUAUCAGGAGUGCUAACCAGCCGAGGUCAAAUUUAAAGUCCUCGAGGCCUCCCCAAAAGUCCAAAGCCCAAGGCACAAGCCCCAAAAAGGUCUCGGGUUCGAAGAAGAAGAAGAAGCAGGCUCUUCUAAGUGAUGGGUCCACUUCUGAUCAUGCCGAUCAAAGUACUGAUGAUCUGAACGACGACAACGAUACUGAGUCUGGACAAUUUCCUACUUUUGUUGCUGCUUCAGAUUUGUCACCGUCAUCGGCAUCAGAUUCCUCAGACUCGUGCAGCGAGUCCUCAAGUUUCGACUCUGAUUCCUCUUUGGAAGCAGAGGAGGAGAGCUAUAUUCUUGCGGAACAGAGACGUCAUGACAAAGCGCGCGUUCGUCGCGAGCUUUUAGGCGACGACUCUCAUCGACGCAAGGAUGCGCAUAAUAAUAAUUGGGUCAUUCGCCCGCGCAAAAAAAGUGUUGGUCUCAGCGAUGUCGACAUGGAUGGCGAGAGUGACGAUCUUACGGAGGAUGAAGAUGAAGAAGAGGAAGAAGAAGAUAAAUGUGACGAGGAAGAAGACGAAGAGACGGAUGGUCAGGCCCCGAGCGUCAUUUACACUGGCCUUGCGACUGGCUGGUCUGACGAUGAGGAGUCGAGCUUCGACGCCGACAUUUUCUUCGCUAAUCUUUCCGAUACCAACACCGAUGACAGCUCGUCAGAAGAUGAGCCUGCCGAUCCUCAGGCUGACGACGUCAUGGCAAGCAGCAUUAGCAGCCUGCAGCGUAGCACGAACCUUGAGAUGACGGAGGGAUGGGAUGGCCAGAUCGUCUUCACGAAUGGCUGUGACGAUGGUCAAGGCGUUCUGGAUCUUGCCUUUGAGGCCACCGCAGCGCAAUUGUUGGCUUCGGAUACCGCAUCCAUCAGCCAGGACAGUGAUGUGGAAAUGGGGGCAGAAAUGGGAAUCGGCGGUGAGGAUGACGACGACGACGAGGUCGACUCUGUGAUUGGUACCAGUGAUGGUGAGACCACGGAAGAGGAACUCGUUGACGCCAGUGGUUUGCCGACGUCGCGCGCCAUGAGGCUCUUCCGUUGGCCGACGACCGUGUCUUCCAUCAAUCCAAUGUCUACUGUCAGUCCCACAGUCUCACCCGCCCCUCACAACCGCCGAUCAACCACUUCACGCCAUCGUGACUCCCCUCGACCUGCCGACAUUCUCGCCAUGAAGAUCUUCUGUGACGAUUCGGACCAUUCUCAAGCAGACAGCGGCGAAGGCAGUGCACCUAGUCCCAUCCGGAGAAUAACUCGAGGCGGUGUUCCCAUCAUGGGACACUUUGAGCAUGCCGGCGAUGACACGCAGAAGACCGCAAUUCUCACUGGGUCUAACAAAGAUGUUCCGUCUCCUUUCCCCCGCCUUGCCCAUAGACACAGACGCAUUGACUCUAGCAGUGGUGGGAGCUUCAGUAGUAUGAUGGACAUCCGCGGUCGUACAUCCCGACUCACCAUUUUCACCCCGUCUUCUGUCUUACCCCCUCCUUCGUCAUCGGACGAACCCUCAUUACAAACUACCCCCGAACCCUCACUCGCGGAGCCUAUUGAACUCGACGAUGUCCUUGAUUCUUCCUAUCUCGACUCUGAACCGGAGAUGUCACUAGGGACCGGUACAGGCAGCGAAGGCGAACUCCAUCGUCAUCUACAAAGCCUCAGUCGCUGGGAUCGAGUUCCCGUCGGCACUUUCCGUUUCACUCGCGAGUCGGCGGCAUCUUCCAGUGAAAUUCCCUCGUCCCCUGGCUGGGCAUCCGAACCCCCAAAGACCGCAUCAUCUGACGUUCUGUCAUACAGUAACGUCAUGAAAAGUAGUCCUCUCAGUACUAUGCUCUGGCACGAUAAGGAACCGCCUGCAAAGGCGACUCCCCGAAAAAACCGAUCAGUCGUCAUAUCUCCUGUCCUUCUCCCCGUCCGCGAUGGCGACCGCACCCCUACCCACGUGCCACAUAAUCACGAUCAACCUCCCCGUAAUGAUCAACAGCCUCCUCACAAAACUCGCAAAGAGUCUCGCCGCGAGAUGAAGAUGUUGAAACGCAAGACUCAUGGGCCUAUCCACCAUCAUCAUUAUCACCAUCAGUAUCAUCAUCACAAUCACCACCCUAACAUGAAGUCGCGAAGCACCGGAUCCGUGCAGCGCACCAAUUUUUUUAGUUCCCCUACUUCCAUCCCACCUCUGAACAUAUGAACUGUAACUUCAAAACGCUGGUAACUUCAAUCUUUCGAUCGCCGACCUAUGGUCUGCUUGUUGUAAUCUUUGUGCCACCACCUUGUUCUGAUCACCCCAUUUGUUGUGUAUCUUUCACUCACGCAUCAUCUAUAUCGCCCCCGUUGCCUUGCUGUUGUACUACGUAUCGGGCAUUGAUUCGUAUAUCCCAUGCAUU